GUUAUUUCAUAGACAUAUUUAACAAAAACAAUAACAUGAACUACAAUUAGACCAUUAUUUAUCAUCAGGCAAUUGUAAAGACAUUCUCACGGACUCCACAUUUACAGCACUGAAGAGGGACACAAGGUCCAUGGACCAAUCAUCAUGAGACUUUGUUUGUUCCUACCUUUUCUUCGGCACCCUCCCCUCCCCCGCUGCUGUCUGUCGACACUCUCGGCCAAUCGCGGCGCUGCGGUCUUAUCCCAGAGAUGCUUCAGCGUACAUCCAAGCCUCGUCCCUCAGGCUGGGCUUGGCCGGGACUCUGUGGAGGUGUUAGGUCAGUCCUAUCCACGUGAUGACUUCACCAAUGUCACUCCAAAGAUCUUAGCCAAAGUUGGCUGCAACCUCCACAACCAACAGCACCACCCACUGUGGCUCAUCAAAGAGCGAAUCAAAGCACACUUUUAUAGUUCCUUCACUAGCCGCUGGGGGAACCCUAUUUUCUCCGUCCAUGACAACCUGAGCCCAGUGGUUACAGUGGAGCAGAACUUUGACAGCUUGUUGAUCCCGCCCGACCACCCCAGCAGGAAACGAGGUGAUAACUACUACCUGAACAGGACAACAAUGCUACGCGCUCACACCUCUGCCCACCAGAGGGAGCUAGUAAAGUCUGGUCUGGAUGCGUUUCUGUUGGCUGGAGACGUGUACAGACGAGACGAGAUCGACUCCAGUCAUUACCCAGUGUUCCACCAGAUGGAGGGAGUCCGACUUUUCUCCAACCACGAGCUGUUUUCACAGGUGAAGGGCGGACAGAACCUCUCUCUGUUAGAACGUGGCGGCAAGAGGACGCCACAGAAGCAGGAGACACACACACUGGAGGCUGUGAAGCUGGUGGAGUUUGACCUGAAACAGACUUUGACCCGACUCGUCACCCACCUGUUUGGACAGGAUGUGGAGGUGCGGUGGGUGGACUGUUACUUCCCCUUCACUCAUCCCUCGUUUGAGAUGGAGGUGCGUUUCCAGGGCGACUGGUUGGAGGUGCUGGGCUGUGGAGUGAUGGAACAGGAACUCCUGAACUCUGCGGGGGCCGGGCACAAACUAGGAUGGGCCUUCGGUCUGGGCCUGGAGCGACUGGCCAUGGUUCUGUACGGCAUCCCUGACAUCAGGCUGUUCUGGAGUCGGGACCAACGCUUCCUGAAACAGUUCCGGGUGCAGGACGUCCAGCAGCGUGUGUGUUUCCAGCCACUAAGUAAAUUCCCUCCGCUCCACAACGACAUUUCCUUCUGGCUGCCGGAGAUCAAGGAGAGCGAGGCUGGGCGAGAGAGCUUCACACAGAAUGACUUCUAUGAUCUGGUGAGAUCCAUCGGUGGAGAGCUGGUGGAGAAGGUGGCGCUGGUGGACGACUUUACACACCCAAAGACAGGGAGGCGGAGCCACUGUUAUCGCAUCAUCUACCGACACAUGGAGCGGACGCUGACGCAGGAGGAAGUUCGACUGGUCCACGAGCAGAUUGAACGAGCAGCAGAGGAAGAGCUGGGCGUGCAGGGCAGAUACUGACACACACACACACACACACACACACACACACACACAGUGGACUGGCCUUGUUAAUGUCAAAGGACCUUCUUUAUUUAAAGGAGACCUAAUGAAAAAUUAAUCCUGUCAAUAUGAGGUUUUUAAAUUAAUCAAUCAUGAUUUUCAAAUAGUUUUUUUUUUUCCCCGUUUAAACACAUUUUGGUUGACAUUUAAAUCAAUGAAAAACCAGCAGCAAAAUUGUGUUUUUAUUUAUUUGUCUGUGUGGGUUUUUUUACACUUUUUUGUGUGUGCGCUGACAUCACACAAUGCAUCAUGGUCAUACUGAUAUUAGACAACUAAGAAAGUGGUAUUUCUUAAUUAAUCAAUUGAAAAUAACAGAUUAAAGACCAUAGACCUGAGUUGAAUAAUUCUGCCUGUGUCUGUAACGGGCGACGUCUGAAUGUUUUGUUUAUUUUUACAUUAAUAACAGAUGACGUCUUCGUGCUUCAUCAUCUGCAGCAGUUCACAGACUUUUAAACGUCUUCUUGAAUCUUUUGGAGUCUCUGGGCUGGGCCUUAACAUUAAUAGAAUAAUUUGCGAUCAUUGGCUAACAUUUAGCUGCUGUCCUGCUGGGUGGAGUGAUGAAAUGAAAACUUUGAAACUCAGGAAUGCUGCUGUAGGAAUAUGACAGCUUCAGUGUAUGUAGGUUUCCACAUGAUUUGAAUUAAUUUUUCUUUUUCUCAAGCAAAAUAAAAACCUUAGUUUCACGUCCA